AGCACAUCUUUUCCCGCAUCAUCUUUCUCACAAAAGAAAAAAAAGCCUUGCGGGAAUGUUAUCGGCUUGCCAAAAGGAAAUGCCCAGCUGAAGGAGUUAAAGAGGAGAUGUUGGCGCUGCUGCUCCUGGCUGUCCUGCACCUGAUCCUCACACCAGCGCUCUGUAGGGAAAGGCGACAGAGUGACUACUGGGAUGAGUGGGAGGACUGGGGAGAGUGCAGCCGGACAUGUGGAGGUGGCAUCACCGUGCGGUACAGGCGCUGUAUCUCACAGAGGAGGGAUGGAGGAUCCAGCUGUGUGGGCCCAGACAGAGCCUUUCGUUCAUGCAACAUCCAGGACUGUCCUGAAGGCUCCAGGGAUUUCCGAGAGGAGCAGUGCUCUCAGUUCGAUGGUGCUGACUUCCAGGGAAAACGGUACAAGUGGCUCCCUUACUAUGGAGCUGAGAACAACUGUGAGCUGAGCUGUAUCCCCAAGGGAGAGAAUUUCUAUUACCGGCAUCGGGAGGCAGUAGUCGACGGCACGCCUUGUCACCCAGGGAGAAGGGACGUCUGUGUGGAAGGUGUCUGCAAGCCAGUGGGCUGUGACAAUAUGCUGGAGUCCACACAAAAGGAAGACCCCUGUCUGGAGUGUGGGGGCACUGGAAAGUCCUGCUAUCCGGUGAGAAAGACCUUCACCGUGCUUGACCUGCCCAAAGGCUACAACCAGAUGUUUAUCAUCCCUGUUGGCGCGACCAGCAUCCUAAUUCGAGAGAUGGCACCAACCAGGAACUUUCUGGCUAUUAAGAAUGUGCGUGGGGAGUACUAUCUGAACGGACACUGGGUUAUUGACCACUCUCGCGCGGUUCACAUCGCCAGCACCGUGCUGCACUACGAGCGCGGGGCCGAAGGGGAUCUGGCACCAGAGACCAUCAGAGGGAGGGGCCCCACCACGGAGCCGCUAGUCAUUGAGCUAAUCAGCCAGGAGCAGAACCAGGGCAUUGAGUACGAGUACUACGUGCCCUACCGCAGCUCUAAUGAGGGCUACUUCUGGAGCUACGGAUCCUGGUCUGAGUGCAGCAAGGAGUGUGGCUCAGGGUACCAGUCCCGCCUGGUGUUCUGCAUCAUUGACAACGAAGCCUACCAGGACUACCUGUGUUCUGGGCGUCCCCGGCCCGCUAGCAACCGGACCUGCAACCCACAGCCCUGCCCGCAGACCCGCCGGAUGGCGUACUUGUACCGGCCUCACCUGUGGAGGAGUCAAGGACGCCUGAGUUCACGGGUGUACAGCUGGAAGACAGGGGAGUGGAGCGCCUGCUCCGCCACCUGCGACGGAGGCACGCAGAGCCGCAGCGUAUCCUGCCUGAUCCACGACGGCUCCGGCUCCCGCGUGGUGGAGGACGCCCAGUGUGCCGCCUUCUCCUCCCGGCCCAGCUCCCAGCAGGCCUGCAGCCUGCGCCAGUGCGCCUCCUGGAGCGCCCGCAGCUGGUCCCAGUGCUCCGUGAGCUGUGGAGAGGGGGAGCAGACGCGCCCGGUGGUGUGCAUGGGGACCGCGGGCAUCCGGCUCCCAGACUAUGCCUGCAGUUCGCUGCCCAAACCGGAGACAGUGCGGACGUGCCAGAGACAAGGCUGCCCCCGGGAGAUCAGAUGGCACAUUGGGGACUGGGGGCUGUGCUCGAAGAGCUGUGAUGUGGGCCUGCGAGAGCGCCAGGUGAUCUGCGCCGACCGGGACCGCAACUUCUACAACGGGGAGCUGUGUGCGGCCGACCACAAGCCUUCCACUACGGAGCAGUGCAACACCCAGGCCUGCUUCCUCCCGCAGUCGGUGCCCAGCAUGCCCGACCCGAGGGGCUAUGACAACACACGCCUUGGCAUUCUGGUGCCAUACAUCUCUGAAGAGCCCCCCACAGUUUACAGGAGAGAUGAGUACAGGGAAGCCAGGGGAGACAACCCCUGGCCGGAUAACAGGCGGAGCGACACUCUGUACGACCGCUGGGUGUCCCAGCCUCAGAGCUGCUCUGAGUCCCAGUAUGGCUGCUGUCCAGAUGGACGAACUCCUGCCAGUGGACCCCUGGGCAGUGGCUGCCCCAUACACAGCUGUGCCGAAACCAGGUACGGCUGCUGUCCAGAUGGGGUGACAGCUGCCCAGGGUCCAGACGGGGCUGGGUGUCAGACCAACACGCAGCACCAUCCUGCCGCUCCCAGGAGGGAGCCCAGUGAGGCCUGCCGCUCUGCUAACUAUGGGUGCUGCUAUGAUGGGCUGACCCUAGCAGCAGGCCCCAAUGGGGAGGGCUGUCCCGGCCAGCCCAAUCACUCUCACCCUCUGGCCUGCAUGCUGCCCAACACAAACGGGCCCUGCUCAGACUGGACUGCCCGCUGGUUCUAUGACCCCUCCUCCGGGGGCUGUGGCCGUUUCUGGUAUGGAGGUUGCCAAGGCAACCGCAAUAACUUUGCCACAGAGGAGGAGUGUCUGCGGGAGUGCCGGGGCCUGGCCACACAGAGCAGGGCGUACGGAGAUCGCCACCAUUUCAGAUUGACCACCCUGGCUGAGAGAGGUCCUGCCGUAUCACUGGAGAACAGCAGGGCUCAAGGAGGGGUCCGGCUGCAAGGAUCCGUUCAGCGGGAGGACCGUGGGACACUGACUGCAACAGACACUUCAGUGCGGAGAGUGUUCACUGUGCAUCGGGGCUCUGAGAAAAAUAUGGACCCUCACCGAGGCCUAGGGCACAGCAGACUGAGUAUGAGCUCCUUUAUUAGGCCCGUGGCCAGCACCAUCGACAGAGGCCUGCCCGACGGGCAGGUACAGUCGCAGCCCCGUGCCGAAUUUGUGGAGGGGCAGCACAGCAAAAUUCACAGCGUCUCCACUCAGCAGGCCUCCAUCUCGGCCAGACAAGACAGCAGCUCCAGCUGGACGCUGCAGGAUCAAGGAAGGGGACCUGAGAAACACCCGGCCUCGAACCGCAUGCCCCUGCCGCCAAAACCACCUGGCCCCCAGCCUGCGAAAGGACCAGCCCGGCUCCCCGAGGAGGGCACCACCAGUACUGCGCCAGGGCACCCAGAGGAGGAGCGAGGGGGCGGCUCGGAUGGCGGCGAUGGGCCUCCGCGCCCGGCAAGGCCAGCUUUCCAGCUCCCAGUGGGCCUGGUUGACAGCAGAACUCUACAGAGGCUGAGUAUUGACAAGUCUGGCCCCUCGUCGGUGGAGGGUCAGAUGGGACAAACUGUGAGGCUGCCCUGCAAGGUGACCCCCCACUCCUCCGGUGUCACUGUGGAGUGGAGAAAGGACAGCCAACCCAUCAGCACCCCCAGACACCGACAGCAGGCGGAUGGGUCGCUGCUGGUUGGCCCGCUUAGUUCCCAGGACACUGGCUGGUUGUUGUGUGUCGCAUCCAGUGACCGAGAGAGAGACCAUCUCUACAUUUACCUCUCUGUCUCAGAAGAUGCCCGCUCAGCUCCAGCAUCCCAGAACCCCUCGGUCCAGCAGGGCAGUGGCCAGGUGUCCGGAUCUAGAGUCCACAGGCUGAGCAUCGACAAGUCCGGGCCUUCGUCGGUGGAGGGCCGCCCAGGACAGACGGUCAGGCUGCCCUGCAGGGUCAGCCCCACCUCGGUCUCGGUGGAGUGGAGGAGGAACGACCGCCCCCUCACCUCCGCCAGGCACACGCAGCAGUCCGAUGGUUCCCUGGUGAUCAGUCGUCUGAGCUCGGAGGAUUCUGGUUUUUACACCUGCACUGCCUCCAACGGCCAGCAGAGGGUCCACCGCCAGCUACAGCUCCGCGUGCUGGGAGACCUGCGGAUCACCACUGCCCCCAACAACGUGCAGGUGUCCCAGGGCAGCAGCACCCAGCUGCCCUGCGUGGUGUCUGGCAGCGACGUCAACGUGGGCUGGUCCAGGAACGGCGUCCCGGUCCGACCCGAUGGCCGUCACGUGCUGCUGUCGGCAGACGGCAGCCUUAUCCUCAAUAACGUGCAGCCCAGCGAUGAAGGCUCCUACACCUGCAAUGCCUACACUGGCACCUACUCCGUCAGCGCCACGGCUGAGGUCAAAGUCGCUAAGGGCACAGAACUAGCGCUGCCCUCCAGGCCUAACACAGCGGAGUGCAUCGAUCAGCCAGAUCUGGCCAACUGUGACCUUAUUGUGUACGCCAAGCUCUGCUCCAGCGAGUACUACUCCAGCUUCUGCUGCGCCAGCUGCUCCAGCCACAGCCAGCCAGCAGGGAGACAUGCUGAGCAGGGAUAGAGGCUGCAGGAGCACAGGGCUCACCCAGGAGAAGCAGUGGCACCAGCAGCUUCUGCAGAGACAUCAGCCUGGGCGUCUGCACACAAGAGGCUGGCUGUGGCCGGUGCCUUGUGCUGAGGGUGUGCCCAAAGACUCAUGCUUCUGCUGUCUCUAACCACUCCCUCAGAGGUAAACAAUAAAUCUUUGACAAUGUUGUUAACAAUUAGGUAGCCCUUUGCACAGUGCCUUGUUUCAUGUACUGUUGGGGUGUGAUUUUCAGCAUGGGGAAAAUGUUUUAAUUACAAGCCAGUAAGAACCUGCCAUAGCUUGAUCUGCAAAAACUACAUAAACAUAUUUACAUUACACAUAACAAUGAAAUUCUAAUCAUAAAAUGUUCCAAUCCUGAGACCAGUACUCUUGAUGUCAUUUCUGCUCCCACCCGUAUGGUCCAGUAAAGCCAUGUCGAGCCAGCAGUAAGAACAGCACUGAAGCUGUUCAGUAGAGAUUCUGCUUUUCUGAAUCACUUAGUAGUUAGUUGCCCUUCAGAGCCUAGUUUUACAACAGUGACAGAGCCUGGAAACAUGAGGAAGCUGAGAUGUAAGUAGAGAGGGGAGGGAGGCCUAACUGCUAAACUGUUUUCUGGCUCACAUUUCCAUAGUCAUCCACUCUAGCGCCCCUCCUAGACACGAGCAGUGGUGUGCUUAAUUUACACCAGCUGCCUCACACUUCACAUUUGUCUCCUGGGCAGACCUCGGCAUCGCACACGGCUGUGUGCCAACAACUUGCUCAGGGCUGCAAAACACAGAUCAAACAUAUUUCUUGUGCUGAUUAAUGGAAUAGGUGGAAUCAGAAGAGAUUCUUGUCUAGGGAGCUUGUGCACAUCUGUAGCCUCUGGACUAUGUGCUGCAUGCAUUUAAGGAUGGUAAACAGGCAAGCGCCUUUUUGUAACUCCUGUAACAUCUGAACUACUGUAUUACUCCUUCCACUGGAGUUUCAGAAUAGGCGAUUUAAUGAUUGUAGGGUACUUUAAGAACAAUCAUACUGAAAAUAAUUAAGUGGUACAACAUGUCAUUGAAAUUAAAAAUAUUAUAAAAUUAUAAAAUAUUUCCUUUUCAGAACACCAGUUUUAACACUUUUUCAACACUCUUCCAUGCUGUGUAAAAUUACACGCUUGUCAUUUAACAACGUAGUACAGCAGGAAGAAGAAAAUGAUUUUUAAUUCAAUGGAUAAUAGGAUGAAACAAAAUAUUCCUCAAGCCUCAGUGUGGUAGAGAUUAAGUAAAAUUUGCUGGAGGAAACCAACUAUUAUUAGUACAAAACAUACUUCAAUCUUGGCUUUUAAAUAUAAAUCAAAGUAGUCAGCCAUUAUAGGAUGACAGCAGAAUAUAAGCCCAGGUAAUUUAAUAUUUGGAAAAAAGGUUAUUUUGUAUAUAAUGCAGUAUUUGUGGUAUUUUCUAAAAAAAGUAAACAUUUUUUAAACGUUAUCAGUUUCUUAGCAGAUGUGUUUUCUGUUGUUUUAAAGAUUUAAGCAACAGAAAGACUUGAUUCUUUCCAGGUACUGUAAAUGGUGUGUGUAUUUGUAAAGCUUGUCUUCUGUCUGCAUUACAUGGUCUAAAUAAAUUUUUUAAAACUUUUUUUAAUCAGUUGGUCACUUUAAUUGCAAUGCAGACUGCAGCAGCUUUGAGUUCUCAUUUGUUUGUCAAUACUCAUUAUCUCAAAACUUUAAAGCAGCACUGAGACUAUUUCAUGAGGGUAAAAACAGUGAUGUCUACCCCAGUCAUGGAAAGAAGGAGGAUCCACUCACUGGUGAAGCCCAGAUUAGCUCCCCCUGUGAAGGCCACCCUGCAGCACAAGCUAGGCCUUGCCCUCAAAGACUGGGGCUUGACCAGCAGACCCAAAAAAUGUCUGAAAAGGACACCCUAUUGAAUUUGUUUCUAUAAAUUCAUAACCCUGCUGCCAGAAAACAAAGCUAGAGUAACUCGGCUUGAACAAAAGGUUGUUAAAUAAAUCAAUUCUGCUACUCUACUGCUUAAUUGCUCUCAUUGCUUGUAAAAGUUUGGUAACUGUAGUUGGUUAACGUUUUCCUAAUAUAAUGCAAAUAAAAGGUCAUAAAACUUCAAACAGGUUUGUGAUGCAA